CCGAACGCCGGAAGCCGCUAGUUGCUCCGUAGCGGCCGAAGGGGCGGGCUCGAGGGCCGGGGGACGGUAAACUGCUCGCGGCUCGCGCGGCGGUGCAAGAUGGCGGACAUCUCCCUGGACGAGCUCAUCCGGAAGCGAGGGGCUGCGGCGAAGGGGCGGCUCAAUGCCAGACCAGGAGUUGGAGGUGUCCGAUCUCGUGUUGGGAUCCAACAGAGCCUUCUCGGCCAGCCAGCACGCACAGCCACCUUCCAGCAGAGAUUUGAUGCUCGGCAGAAGAUUGGCCUCUCAGAUGCCCGGCUCAAGCUGGGAGUCAAGGAUGCCCGGGAAAAGCUUUUGCAGAAAGAUGCCCGGUUCCGGAUCAAAGGGAAAGUGCAAGAUGCCAGAGAGAUGCUGAAUUCCCGCAAGCAGCAGAGCACGGUGCCCCAGAAGCCCCACCAGGUGGCUGAUGCCCGGGAGAAGAUCAGCUUGAAGCGGAAUUCCCCUGCUGCCUUCAUGAGCCCACCCAUCGGGACAGUGACCCCUGCUCUGAAGCUCACUAAAACCAUCCAGGUUCCGCAGCAGAAGACCAUGGCGCCGACUCAUGCCCAUCCUGCUGGAAUGAGGAUCAACGUCGUCAAUAACCACCAGGCCAAACAGAAUUUAUAUGACCUGGAUGAAGACGAUGAUGUUAUAGCUCCCAUUCCUAGUAAACAGAUGACAUUUGCAGCCUCAGGCAGCUUUCUCCACCACGUGGCUGGGGUGAGCAGUUCCAAGCUUUCCAUGUCCAAGGCCCUUCCUCUCACCAAAGUGGUUCAGAACGAUGCAUACACAGCUCCUGCUCUCCCCUCCUCUGUUCGAACUAAAGCCUUGACCAGCAUGUCCCGGACAUUAGUGAACAAGGAGGAUCCCCCCAAAGAGCUGCCGCCCGCUGAGCCUGUCCUGAGCCCUUUGGAAGGCACCAAGAUGACCGUGAAUAACCUGCACCCUCGAGUCACCGAGGAGGACAUUGUUGAGCUUUUUUGUGUCUGUGGAGCCCUGAAGCGAGCUCGGCUGGUCCAUCCUGGGGUAGCAGAGGUGGUCUUUGUGAAGAAGGACGAUGCCAUCACCGCAUAUAAGAAGUACAACAACCGGUGUCUGGAUGGGCAACCGAUGAAAUGCAACCUCCACAUGAAUGGGAACGUUAUCACCUCAGAGCAGCCCAUCCUGCUACGGCUGAGCGACAGCCCCUCAGUGAAAAAGGAGAGUGAGCUGCCUCGCAGGGUGAAUUCUGCCGCCUCAUCCAACCCUCCUGCCGAAGUGGACCCUGACACCAUCCUGAAGGCACUUUUCAAGUCCUCAGGGGCCUCUGUGACCACACAGCCCACAGAAUUCAAAAUCAAACUUUGAGCGGGGGAGCGAGACAGCCAGAAGCGGGGGCAGAGGAGGGUGGCUCUGUUUCCCAAAACAAAGAUUGUGACCUAUGGGCCGUUGGACUGGAGGCCCCUGAGCGUGGGAAGGGUCGCCGGGGGUAGAGAGCUUCCUCUCUGGAUGGUACCCGCCUUUCUGUGUUGUGUUCUACCCUGUGCCCUUCUGUAUGUUAACAUUUCCUGUAGUAUGUUUCUUCUCUCUUCGCCUCAUCACCAAGGUAAGCUUGUGUUGCUCAGAGUGUGUCCCCCUAAACUCAGCCCUGAAUUGUUUUUUUCAAUCUGGAAAUGGUGCCCUGAAUUCUCUGGGUGGCCUUCUUGUGGCCCCGUGGAAUGCAGGGCAGGGGCUGUUUGAAGGACACUGCUUUCUUCAGGGGUGAGGGUUUGACUCCCCUUUCUCUUUUUUAAACUUUUCAAAGUGGGGAAUGGAAGCCCCUGCCAUCCUAAUAGGAACCAGGUCAGCUCAAGAGCUCUGCCGCUCACUCUCCUGGUCAGUGGAGGUGGCCUAGGUGGGGAUCAGGUCACAGGCCCCUUGUCCUCUCACCGCAGUUGGCUCCAGACCAGGGUGGUCUGGAGAGGACCCUGUGGCAAGGGCAGGGUGAGACUUGCUCUGCUAGGAAGAGUGCGCCCCUGGCUCUUGGUUUGGGGGACCUGUACUGACUCAGUCAACCUAGAGUAAAUUCUUGAGUUCACGCUCCCCUCUUCCCUUGAGUUGUGCCGCGUGCGCCACCCCAGCUCUCUUGGCUUUCUGGGUGUCACUGCUGGGAGGGGCUUGCAUCGUUAGCCUCCCAUUUCUCACUCAGUACAGCAUUGUCACACCCUGGUUUUGGUGCAAAUGCCAGCUCUCUGCUGGUUGGGUGUUCAAAGGGUCUGCCUCCCGUUCUGUGACUCUGUGGGUCUGGGGGGUUAUUUGAAUAAGAGUUGUUGACUUAACUCCUAGAUUUUUUCUUCUGGCCUCAGGUACACGUACAGGACAAUAGUUAGGGAUGCUGAGAUUCGGCAGAUAUCCAGCAGCCACCAGGGGGCACUGCUCCACUAUUGUGAGGGACCCAUCCAUCACUGACCGGAGGGUAUUUUCCUGCCUUGGCCGUCGGGGUAGGGGAGCGGUGGGUGGUGGGGAGGGAGUUGAGAGAGCAAAGCAGCCUUUCCAGGCAAGCUGGUGUGUUGUUCCCUCAGCAUGGUUCCAGGCAUUUGGGGCAAAACUGUAGAACCUGGGGCAGCCCCAGAAUAUACCAGCACAGCAUUGCUCCAGUGACAUUCGUUCUCCGUUUCCUGCCGGUUUGUUGGGACUGUAAAGGGAAUCCAGCCUAGCAGAGCUGGCGUGUUUUGGGGAGCGGGAUUCUGAGGGCUACAAAUCAGUAGCAGGUGGUAUGAAAGGCACAAGCCUAGAAAGUAUAAAGGGGACCUGAGACACUAAGAAUCUCUCAUGACCUACUUGGGGCCAGUCCAAUGAAGAAAAACCUGGAAACUCGUUUCCACAGAGUGAAAUCUGUCAAGCAGGGGGGACCCAGGGUUUGAACCGAGCUCAUUCCUCCAGGUCUGAGGUUGCCCAGGCCUGGGAAGUCCAAGGAAUCUGCCUGAUGGUGCUCCACUUUCCAGUACUUUAAAUAAGGCUGCUUUCAUUCCCUUCUCCCCCUUUGAAUGGGUGCAAACUUAGUUCUCUUCAGCAGCUAGAAGACAUGCCUCCUACACUUUACCCUCCUUGGCCCCAGAGAGUGUCCUUAAGACACUAGGACCUGGUUUCGCAGGUACUGGAGACAGAUCACUGCGCGGACUCUGCUUUCGGUAGGGACGGUGCGUAUCCCGACUGCACGGCUUUAUCCUCCUGUCUCCCCUCCAGUACCACGCCAGGCUGCUCUGCUUACCACAGGGUUCCAGCGAGCCCGCCUGCAGCCGCCUGCCACCUGGGCCCUGUCCUCUGGCUGGCCAUAUGGUACAUUGCAGGGCAGAGCCUGUUUGCCCCGCUGUUCUACAGGAUGUCAUCGUGGGAGACAGAAGAGAAGGUGGUAGGCCAAUCCUUGUGUCCUUUGCCUCGCACUCCCAUGCAUUCCCCAUCUGUGUCUCUUUUGUUCAAAAGGAGAGGAAGAGGCAUUAAGGGAUGGAGGAGACUAUGUGUUACCCAUUUCUGAAUAAACAUUUGUUAUUCCUA